UACAACAGACAACCCCCACCCACAGAGAGAGAGAGAGAGAGAGAGAGAGAGAAUGAGUGAGUAAGUUAAGCAGAGAAGGGGAGUAAUCUCAGAGCAGUGUCCAGAAACUGACUUGCGGUGCCAGGGGACUCCAGGGUGAACAGGCAGCAGAACCAGGAGCCACAGAGGGAUCGGGCCUGAGCUGGCGGAACUGACACGUCAGCUAGCCCACCGCUAAGAGCAGCGGGAGCAGGGAGGCAGAGCAGGCGGCAGGAGCAAACGACGGAGACAAGCUGAAGUAUGGCCCCUAGGGCCGGUCACCCACGAUGGGGCGCACCAUGACACCCCCGGCUACCCGUGCCAUGGUGUCGCUGCUGCCCUGGGCCCCAGCCCCGCACAGCUUGGAACUGGACAUCGCUCUGCUUGGGGAGGAAGGCGGCGUGGCCCUGCAACGGUACCAACCACGCUCCCCAGACAGCGGCCCCCGCAACUGGAGCUCCGUGCAGGACUGGGGGGAGGAGGUGGAGGAGGGGGCCAUUUACAGCGUGACUUUGAAGAGGGUCCAGAUCCAGCAGGCGGCCAACAAGGGAGCGAGGUGGCUGGGGGUGGAGGGGGACAGGCUGCCCCCUGGUCACACAGUUAGCCAGCUGGAGACGUGUAAGAUCCGCAGCAUCCGGGCUGGAACCCUGGAGCGGCUGGUGGAGACGCUGCUCACUGCGUUCGGCGACAACGACCUCACCUACACCAGCAUCUUCCUGUCUACAUACCGCGCCUUUGCCACCACGGGGGACGUGCUGCGGCUGCUGAUCCAGAAGUUUGAGAGCAUGGAAAACAAUGGUGAUAAUGACUGCAGGGAGGCAGUACGGAACGCCUUGGCCUCCACCCUGCGCGCCUGGCUGGAUCAGUGUCCGGAGGACUUCCAAGAGCCACCGGCGCACCCUAGCCUGCGACAACUGCUUGCCUUCCUGCAGAGGACGCUACCGGGGUCUGAACCAUUGCGCCGGGCCCAGGGUCUGCUGGAACAGCUGGAGGCCCAAAGGGACCAGGAACCUGAGUGUGAAAGUGGUUUCCUUGGAAACAGCUUUUAUGGCCCAGAGGUGGAUGAGACAGCGGAGAUGGAGGACUUCCUGACAUUCAGUGCUCACCUGGUAGCUGAGCAGCUCACUUACAUGGAUGCGGAAUUGUUCAAGAAGGUGGUUCCUCACCACUGCCUGGGGUCUGUCUGGUCCAGGCGUGAUAAGCAGCAGGGCAAGCACAGGGUGGCCUCCAUCCGUGCCACCAUCACACAGUUCAACGCCGUGGCCGCCUGCGUGGUCAGCACCAUGCUGUGCCAGCGGCAGCUCCGCCCCCAGCAGCGGGCACGCAUCAUCCAGCGCUGGAUUGACGUAGCCCAGGAGUGCCGCAUCCGCAAGAAUUUCUCCUCCCUGCAUGCCAUUGUCUCCGCCCUGCAGUGCAACCCCCUGUACCGCCUGAAGAGGACGUGGUCCUGUGUGCCCAAAGACAGCAUGCAGAUCUUUGAGGAGCUGUCUGACAUCUUCUCAGACCACAACAACUACCUGACCAGCCGAGAGCUCUUAAUGCGGGAAGGCACCUCCAAGUUCGCCAGCCUGGGCAGCUGUGUGAAGGAGCAUCAGAAACGCAACCAGAAGCGACUGCAGCUACAAAAGGACACAGGUGCCACACAAGGAACAAUCCCAUACCUCGGCACAUUCCUGACAGACCUCACCAUGCUGGACACUGCCCUGCCAGACCUGCUGGAGGGAGGCCUGAUAAACUUCGAGAAGAGGCGCAGGGAGUUUGAAGUCAUUGCACAGAUCAAGCUGCUCCAGUCAUCCUGCAACACCUACUGUCUAACCCCAGACUACGGCUUCCUGCGCUGGUUCCGUAAUCAGCCCCAGUACACAGAGGAGGAAAGCUACACACUGUCCUGUGAGAUCGAGGGAUUUGGGGACAGCAGUCCGACAUCACCCAAGCCCCGGCAGAGCAUGGCGAAGAGGCUAAGUCUACUAUUCCUGGGUCCGGACGCCAUGGGUGUGACCUCCCUGGGGAGAGACUGCCCUCGAACCUCCCCUGCUGGUAGCUCAGGGGAGAGCAUGGACUCAGUCAGCAUGUCAUCCAGCGACUCUGGCCCGUGUGACAGCGACGGGGUCUCAGUGACUCACACUUCCAGCCCGGCUUGUGAGACGUCUCCUUCCUGUUCUUCUCUCCACUGGGUGGAGCAGCCUUCAUCAGCGCCUACUGUUCCCAGCGCACCUUGCUAUUCCUCACUGCCCUGUCACUGCACCUUCACCAGCACGGCCAACCUGCCCCCCCUGUACAACACACAAACUCAGGAUGCCUGUAUCAUCCGGGUCAGCGUGGAACACAGCAACGGAAACCUCUACAAGAGUAUCCUGCUGACUAGUCAGGACAAGACGCCUGCUGUCAUCUCCCGAGCCAUGACCAAGCACCACCUGGAGGGCGCGCCACCUGAAAGCUAUGAGUUGGUGCAAGUCAUGUCUGAGGAAAAAGAGCUGGUAAUACCUGACAACGGCAACGUCUUCUACGCCAUGAGCACCUCCGCCAAUUUCGACUUCCUGCUCCGCCCGCGCGCUGCCGCCUGCAAGCCAGUCCGUCCGCACAGACACUGCAGCACCACCUUCGCACCGGCAGAACUGCCCAACAGCCUACCGCAGAGGCGGAGCAAGGUCGCGUUGUGACCUCUGACCUCGAGAGUCAGGACGGGGCCCAGGAGGCGGAGCGCUCAAGGCUGAAGUAAGCAGAGACACCUGGAUACUGCUUGUGCAGAUAUGUGUGCCUGCAAUAGGCCUGACUGCUUGGAUUUGCAGGGCGGUAUAGCUAGCGUCUAUUUUCCAGGGAAACAAAACAGGAACGUUGCUUCACUCUCAGUACCUUCAUUCCUACUGACAGCUAGUAUAUGGAAACAGUGAGGAUAGCCCUCACAGUGUCACCAAACUGUCACUGAUGACAGAGAAGAGAGCGCCCAUCGUUGUGAGGUGUGUGAUGAACCUUGCAUGUUCUGGUUCUGAUUGGCCCUGACCGUAUGCCCACUCUGUUCUGAUUGGUAGGUUCACCAACUCAACUAGGCGUAGCUGGCCAAAAACACAGCCCUGUUCUACCGAGUGAGUUAUUCACCAGUGGUUGGGCCGACACAGAUAAGAUUCCAGGAAUGGAGGAGUUUUCAAUUAAUAUAGUGCGACAGAUCUUUCAGUGCAUUUCUGUACCUUUUGCAUGUACCGGUUUCCAACAAUAAAAUUGUAGAAAAAAAGAAUUCAGAAGAGGGAUAUGAAAGAACUGA